AUAUUUGAAAAGUUUCGAGAUAGGCGUUGCAUUUUACCCAAAUCUUUCAAUCUAUUGUGUGCCUUCAUAGUAUCAACAUCACAACAUGAAAACUCUUUUGAGUCGUUUCAAAUUCAGAGAAAGAUCUAUCCAAUAUCUGGCAGCUUUUGGAAUUAAUAUGGGAAUGUUUUCAGUAGGCAGCCAUUCUGGAUGGCCCUCAAGUUCUCUGCCAAAACUGACCAGUGAGAAUUCCACUAUCCACUUGACAACACAGGAAGGUUCAUUACUGAUAUCUAUCACACCGUUAACAGUACUUCUUGGAUGCAUAGUGACUACAAUUUUGAUGAAAUUAGUGGGAAGAAAAACGAUGUUGCUUCUUAUGCCGAUUCCACUCACAGCGUCUUGGUUAUUCAUUGCCAUGGCUACCUCAAAAAUCCAUUUGUACAUCGGAAGAGCUCUUGGAGGAUUCAUAGAUGCCGCUAUAUUCAAUGUCAGUCCUGCAUAUUUAUCAGAAAUAGCCGACCCUGAAGUCAGAGGAUUUUUUGGUACUUUACUAAUGGUAUCAUUUGGUCUUGGUAUAGCAUUAUUCAACGUAUUUGUUACGUUCAUGUCAUCGGAGGCAAUAGCUUAUCUGAUAGCAGCACUGACUCUUCUCAUGCUGAUCACAAUACCAUUAGUACCAGAGAGUCCAUACUAUUGCUUGUUGAAAGGAAAUACUGAAGAGGCAGAGCUCAGUCUUAGGAAGCUAAGGGGAAAGCAAGACAUUCAGGAAGACCUAGAUCGAAUAUCCAAGAGUAUAUUGGAACACGGAGAUGACAAAGGAAAAGAAACAGAUAUGUUGAGAAAGAAACAUUUCAGGCGAUGUCUUUGGACUGUUUUAACAUUAUCCUUCACCCAGUACUUAUCCGGAAAUUACGCAAUUCAAGCAUACUAUGAAACAGUAUUUCAGAAUAGCGAAACCAUAUCUUCCCGAGUGGCGAAUUGUAUUUAUUACGUGGUGUUUUUUAUCGCAAGCAUAGUUUCACCACUUUUGGUGGACAUUUCUGGCAGAAAACCACUUAUACUCAUCUCUACGGGGUUAACCACAUUGACUUUGUUCGCAACUGGAAUUUUCAUGUAUAUCAAAAGUUCUUCAAAUCUUGAUACGCGUUUCGAAUACCUCCAGUUACUCCUGUUUCUAGUCCAGGCCAUAACAUACAGCGCUGGACUUCAUACAAUUCCUUGGUUAGUAGCAAGUGAGAUUUUUCCAUCUAACCUGGUAGGAACAGCACUUUAA